AUGACCAUGAUGCGUCGAAAAAAAACGAUUGAAAAUCUUCAAAUGCUGGAAUCUGUCCCUACCUUUGUGUCCUUCCUGACAGUUGGUGCAGGAUGCGGAUUUCUCUUGAUCAACGCGCUCUUUAAUGCUAUGGCCAACGAGGAACCCUUGCAGAAAGAUGGAAAGACAUAUGGUCAGUUUUCCAUCAUUCAGGGCUCAGUAGGCCUGUCCACAGGUUUGCUUUAUGCUUUCUGGAACAUUUGGUGUCCACAUUGUAUGACCAUGAGACAAGAGCAGAUUGGGGUAACCACGCUGAUUGCUCUCAAUGUGGUAGCCUUUCUGAUUUUAUCCACUUUCUGGUCCGCGGGGGCUCCUGACUACCCUGUUUUUGUGGGGGCAGCGGUUGCAGCACAAUUCAUCGGAAACUUUACGAUCUAUUUACUCUUCCCAAUGGUGGCCACCUACUACGCCGGUUGGUUGGUAGCACCAGUUCGUGCCGGAACAGAUGUGUCCAGCUUGGUCACGAGCUUGAUAGGGCAAGCGGAAAAUCCACACCCUGGGUCUGGUGAUCUGACCUUCUCAAUUUCCACACUGUUCUUCAUCUAUGCGGUGUUUUCGCUUUGCGGUCUACUUGCUUGGUCCAGCAUCAUGUACUUUGGCACGGGACUUCGGUACGAGGUCGACAAAGAAGAAGGGACGGUAACACUGUCUGAGAGUGAAGAUGAGUCGGAUGACUCCCAAACCAUGGGGUCAGAUUCAGAGGAAGUGCGGGAGGCAAUGAUCAGAAAGUCCAAGAGGGCCUAUUGCUUGGAAGGCUUUGCAUGUCCGCGGAAGCUAGUGUUACCAGUGAUUUUGGCUACUCUGAGCCAAGUGGCACAAUGGGGAAUCGCUGCUUCCCUAGGGCAGAUUGGUUCUGCCAUGGCAGACCCUGACUCCUGUCAUGGAUCGCAGGGGAAAAGGAUCUACAGAUUGUCUCUCACAAGCUCGAUGAUUGCAGUCCCAGUGGGCUCCCUUUUGUCCACAGCUGUGGCCUGCCCAAGGCUUCUUUUCAAUAUCUUGAGUGCCAUCCAGAUUACAUCAGCAGUCUUUAUUGCAGAUUGUGCUUUGGGACUCUUCUCAGCGUCAGUCGACUUCUGGAAAUCAGAGCUUGGCGGUGAGGUCUACAUUGUUUGCUUUGCCCUAGUAGGUGGUCUUGAGGGCUACCUCUUGACGAUGGCAUACCGGUACAUUGGAGAUGCAGACGAGGUGCCGGGUAUCAGACGCCAGAGUGCAAGCCGUUUGCUGAGCUUGCUGGGCGUGCUUGCUGUAAAUCCAAUUUCCUUUGGACUGGGAUUUGCGAUUGACAAAGGGUCAGUCCGCUGCAGAGACAUUUGA